GGUUGUAAAAAAAAGAAUGUUUGACAGGGUUUGGCUAAAAGAAGACAAGGGGGCGGUAGUAAGCGAGUCCGACGUGUGUACGAAUCAACAUUGAACUUACUUUUUGUAUGUCGGCCACACCGCGCGGCGAGUUGAUUUGUAUGCGACGAUUCAUUUGGGGAAGACAGCAACAGCGCAUAGUACUACAGGAUGUCGCGGAUCAUUUCAACGUUUUGCACCGGGAAGCACGACUAGCACAGUAACACCGCAACGCGAUUCAUAUUUAAAAGGUAUAAUGCGAAUGGUUAGAAGAGCUCGAAUUCAAACAAAAUGGAAACAAUUUAGAAUCGCUGCGGCAUUCCAUGUAGCCAGAAGGACUACUAGGGUAGAACAUAGCUGGAUAGAGAGCUAGUUAUUAACUAAUAUACAUGCGAAGUUACAUAUCAGAAAAGCUCAAACAGAGCCUAUAGUAAGUUGGUUGAAACUAUUAGUUCGUUGGUGUCCCCAGUCACCAAAGAAGACUGAAGAAAAUACUGAAAUAUGCUACGGAGAAGACUGAACCGUUUGUUUGGUAGGGACGAGAGGAAGGUAGACAGCAGGACCAUCUACGUAGGCCACCGGCCCUGUCCCGCCACCGAAGCUUUAAUCCCCCCCAAGUUCUGUGACAACAGGAUUGUCUCUUCCAAGUACACGGUGUGGAACUUUCUGCCAAAGAAUCUGUUUGAGCAGUUCAGAAGAAUCGCCAAUUUCUACUUCCUCAUUAUCUUUUUGGUGCAGGUGAUCGUAGACACCCCCACCAGCCCAGUCACUAGUGGCCUACCUCUGUUCUUUGUCAUCACUGUCACAGCCAUCAAACAGGGCUAUGAGGACUGGCUGCGGCACAAGGCAGAUAAUGAGGUGAAUAAGUACCUGGUGACAGUGCUGGAGGACGGCCGGAGAGCAUGCAAGGAGAGCGAGAAGAUCAAGGUUGGGGAUGUGGUGGAGGUGGUUGAGGAUGAGACCUUUCCCUGUGACCUCAUCCUGCUACAGUCCAGCCGGGAGGACGAGACCUGCUUUGUCACCACGGCCAGUCUGGACGGGGAGUCCAACCAUAAGACACACUACACAGUGCCAGACACGGAGAGGAACCUGGAGUCUCUCAGCGCCACCAUCGAGUGCGAGCAGCCGCAGCCUGACCUCUACAAAUUUGUGGGGCGUAUGCACAUCUACAGGAACAACCAGGAACCCGCUGUGAGGUCUUUGGGUCCAGAGAAUCUCCUCCUGAAAGGUGCUACCUUGAAGAACACUCAGAAGAUAUAUGGUGUGGCAGUUUACUCAGGCAUGGAGACCAAGAUGGCUCUGAACUACCAGGGGAAGUCCCAGAAGCGCUCUGCGGUGGAGAAGUCUAUCAAUGCCUUCCUGCUGGUGUACCUGUGCAUCCUGGUGAGCAAGGCCCUGGUGUGCACCACGCUCAAGUAUGUGUGGCAGAACCGACCAGGCCAGGACGAGCCCUGGUACAACCAGAAGACGCAAAAGGAGAAAGAUACCAACCUGUACCUGAAGAUGUUUACUGACUUCCUGUCGUUCAUGGUUCUGUUCAACUUCAUCAUCCCCGUGUCCAUGUACGUGACGGUGGAGAUGCAGAAGUUCCUGGGCUCCUUCUUCAUCUCCUGGGACAAGGACUUCUUUGACCCCGAGAUCCAGGAAGGGGCUCUGGUCAACACAUCCGACCUCAAUGAGGAGCUGGGACAGGUGGAGUACGUGUUCACGGACAAGACGGGCACGCUGACUCAGAACAACAUGGAGUUCAUCGAGUGCUGCAUCGACGGCUUCCAGUACAAGUACGCCGACUCAGGCACCGAGCUGGACGGCUUCUGUGUCACAGAUGGACCCGGGAACAUUCUGCAGCAGAAGGCUGGCAGGGAGAAGGAGGAGCUGUUCCUGCGGGCUCUGUGUCUGUGCCACACGGUGCAGGUGAAGGAGGCUACGGGUCAGGGGGAUGGAGUAGCAGACUGUGUAGAGGACCAGGUGGAUGGCGUCAUGGGGCUGGAUGGAGAGACGGUCGGGCCUGCUGACCUCGGCGGCUUCAUUGCCUCCUCACCCGACGAGGUGGCACUGGUCAAGGGAGCCAUGAAGUACGGUUUCAAAUUCCUUGGUAUGGAGAGUAAGAACAUGAGAGUGAUGAACAGAAACAACGAUGUUGAAACGUACGAACUGCUUCACGUGUUGAACUUUGACCCGGUGCGAAGGCGUAUGAGUGUGAUAGUCCGAACCAAAUCAGGGGACACCAUGCUGUUCUGUAAGGGGGCCGACUCUUCUAUCUUCCCCCGUGUCAGGCAGGAGGAGGUGGACAAGAUACGCAUGCACGUGGAACGCAACGCUACGGAGGGCUACCGGACGCUGUGUGUGGCCUACAAGCUGCUGAGCAGGGAGGAGUAUGACCAGGCAGACACGGGGCUGAGGGAAGCCAAGCUGGCCCUGCAGGACCGAGAGGAGAAACUCAUGGCUGUGUACAACCAGGUGGAGACCGGGAUGAGCCUGAUCGGAGCUACCGCUGUGGAGGACAGGUUGCAGGAGGAGGCAGCCGAGACCAUGGAGGCCCUGCAGGGAGCAGGCAUGAAGGUGUGGGUGCUGACGGGGGACAAGAUGGAGACGGCCAAGUCCACGUGCUACGCCUGCCGGCUGUUCCAGAGGAGCACAGAGCUGCUGGAGCUGACGGUGCGAACCCUGGUGGACCUGGGGAGGAAGAGAGAGGAGCGCCUGCACGAGCUGCUGCUAGACUACCACAAGAGGGCAGUACAGGACGCCCCGCCGAUCAAGGCUGGGGUCACCAGGAGCUGGUCUUCAGCGAACCAGGACUACGGCUUCAUCAUAGACGGAGCCACUCUGUCCUUGGUGCUUAACUCUUCUCCUGACUCCAACUCCAGCUGCUACAAGAGUCUCUUCCUCCAAAUCUGUCAGAACUGUACCACUGUGCUGUGCUGCCGCAUGGCUCCCCUACAGAAGGCCCAGAUAGUAAAGAUGGUGAAGAACUGUAAAGGCAGCCCCAUCACCCUCUCCAUCGGAGAUGGGGCCAACGAUGUCAGUAUGAUCCUGGAGGCACACGUUGGCAUCGGUAUAAAGGGUAGGGAGGGUCGCCAGGCAGUGAGGAACAGUGACUAUGCCAUCCCUAAGCUCAAGCACCUGAAAAAACUGUUACUGGGACACGGGCACCUCUACUACGUUCGUAUUGCCCACCUGGUGCAAUACUUCUUCUACAAGAACCUCUGCUUCAUCUUACCUCAGUUCUUGUACCAGUUUUUCUGUGGAUACUCCCAGCAACCUCUCUACGACGCAGCCUAUCUGACGAUGUACAACAUCUGUUUCACCUCAAUGCCUAUCCUGGCCAACAGCCUCUUGGAGCAGCACAUCUGUAUGGAGGUCCUGAUGGACAACGCCGCCCUCUACAGGGACGUAGCAAAGAAUGCCAUGUUGGGUUGGGGGCCCUUCCUGUACUGGACACUACUGGGGGUCUACCAGGGCCUCUUAUUCUUCUUCGGGGUCCGCUUUCUCUUUAGUAACCCCGCCCUGCAGGAUAAUGGCCAGGUGUUUGGGAAUUGGUCGUACGGAACGAUUGUUUUUACUGUCCUCGUUUUCACUGUGACGCUGAAGCUGGCUAUGGACACUCGCCAUUGGACGUGGAUCAAUCACUUUGUCAUCUGGGGCUCGCUGGCCUUCUACAUGUUCUUCAGCUUCUUCUGGGGUGGGAUCAUAUGGCCUUUCCUUCGGCAGCAGCGUCUCUACUUUGUGUUUGCUAAUAUGCUGAGCUCUGUGUCAGCCUGGCUGAUCAUCAUCCUGCUCAUCCUGCUCAGCCUGUUGCCUGAGAUCCUGCUGCUGGUCCUCCGAAAGCCCCGCGGGCCCCACUCACGACAGAAGAAGCCGGUGGUUCAGUCUGGCGAGGGGGAAACCCAGUCUCCCCGGUCUUCAGCCAGGCCCCUGCUCAUGAAAACCUUUUCAGACGAGUCCAAUACUAUCCUAUGAACAGCCUUCAGAGGACUCCCUCCUAAAAACAUCCAGAUCGCUGCUGUCACGCCCUUGUCCUACAAGCACCUGAUCGGGCAGGAGUGAAGGUCAGAAAGGAGGGUUAACUAUACUGCGGCCAGUGUCUUUCAGGCCCCCAUGGCAGUCAAGCUGGCUGCCAGCACUUUUGCCUGAUCUAAAAAGAAAAUGGAAAUUGACAAAAAGAAAAUAGAAAAGAUGCUAGAAGAGCCAGGGAUGGACUCCUGUCACCCUCUUCCUGUUUCCCUCUGCAUGUCUGCAGAGUACUGCACCACUGGCCCACGCAGCACAGGCUGUUUUUUACAACGGCUUUACUGCACUAUUCAGACAGGAGGCAUGAGUUUCGGCAGUUUCUUUUUCUUUCUUAAAAAAUCGAAAUGAAUGCGUACACGGCUACCUUGUCAGUAGUACUACUAUGAUCUGCUGUGUUCUAACAUGCAGCCACACCUCCACGGACCCAGAAUGAUUCAUCUGCAUGAAACGAAGGAGGCUCCAUGAAUGCCACAUUCCACUUGUUAUUACUUGUGUGUUUAGGUCAAGGUUUGUUCAAACAAAAAUAUUACUUAACUUUCUGAAACAGAUUCCACAGUUCCAGGCCCAAAUAGUUUGUACAGUACCAGUCAAGUUUUAGAACACCUUCUCAUUCAAGGGUUUUUCUUUUCUUUUUAUUAUUUUCUACGUUGUACAAUAAUUGUGAAGAUGUCAAAAUUACGAAAUAACACGUAUGGAAUCAUGUAGUAACCAAAAAACUGUUAAGAAAUCAAGAUGUAUUUGAGAUUCUUCAAAGUAGCCACCCUUUGCCUUGAUGACAGCUUUGUACACUCUUGGCAUUCUCUCAACCAGCUUUGUAAGGAAUGCUUUUCCCAAAAUCUUGAAUGAGUUCCUACAUAUGCUGAGCACUUGUUGGUUGCUUUUCCUUCACUCUGCGUGUGGUCCAAUACGUCCCAAACUGCCUCAAUUGGUUUGAGGUUGAGUGAUUGUGGAGGCCAGGUCAUCUGAUGCAGCACUCCAUCACUGUCCUUGGUCAAAUAGCCCUUACACAGUCUGGAGGUUGAAAAACCAAUGAUAGUCCCAAUAUACGCAAACCAGGUGGGAUGGUGUAUCGCUGCAUAAUUCUGUGGUAGCCAUGCUGGUUAAGUGUGCCUUGAAUUCUAAAUAAAUCACAGAAAAUUUCACCAGCAAAGCACCAUCACACCUCUUCCAAGCUUCAUGGUGGCAACCACACAUGUGGAGAUCAUCCAUUCACCUAGGUUGGAACCAAAAAUCUCAAAUUUGGACUCAUCAGACCAAAGGACAGAUUUCUGCUGUCUAAUGUCCAUUGCUCGUGUUUCUUGGCCCAAGCAGGUCUCUUCUUAUUGGUGUCCUUUAGUAGUGGUUUCUUUGCAGCAAUUCGACCAUGAAGGCCUGAUUCACGCAAUCUCCUCUGAACAGUUGAUGUUGAUCUGUCUUACUUGAACCCUGAAGCAUUUAUUUGGGCUCAUUUGAGGUGCAGUUAACUCUAGUGAACGUAUCCUCUGCAGCAGAAGUGAAUCUGGGUCUUCUUUCCUGUGGUGGUCCUCAUGACAGCCACUUUCAUCAUAGCUCUUGAUGGUUCUUGCGACUGCACUUGAAGAAACGUUCCAAGUUCUUGACAUUUUCUGGAUUGACUUACCUUCAUGUCUUAAAGUGAUGAUGGACUGUUGUUUCUCUUUGCUUAUUUGAGCUGUUCUUGCCAUAAUAUAGACUUGGUCUUUUACCAAAUAGGGUUAUCUUCUGUUUCCAACACCUACCUUGUCACGACACAACUGAUUGGCUCAAACACAUUAAGAAGGAAAGGAAAUAAAUUAACUUUUAACAAGGCACAGAUUGUUAAUUGAAAUGCAUUCCAGGUGACUACUGAUGAUGGCAAAGGGUGGCUACUUUGAAGAAUAUAAAAUAUAUCAAAUUCAUUUUGAUGUAACUUUUUUUGGUUACUACGUUAUUUCAUGUCUUAUUUCAUAGUUUUGAUGUCUUCACUAUUAUUCUAGAAAAUAGUAAGAAAUAAACACCCUUGAAUGAGUAGGUGUCUAAACUUUUGACUGGUACUGUAAGUUACAUGAUUCCAGUCCAGGGAUCAAGAAAGCAUGUUCGCUCAAUACAGACGACACUGCACACGAGUUACUGAAUAUCUUUAGAGGCACAGCCCCCUACUGGGUUAAGGGAGGGUUUAGAGGCACAGCCCCCUACUGGGUUAAGGGAGGGUUUAGAGGCACAGCCCCCUACUGGGUUAAGGGAGGGUUUAGAGGCACAGCCCCCUACUGGGUUACGGGAGGGUUUAGAGGCACAUCCCCAGUACUGGUUUAAUUCUCCAUUUUCCCAUCUUCCCAAAAAGUGUAUGUGAGUUAAUCAAAAUGACCGGUAAUGACUUGUGCUUGCCAACGUUUCUACCUGGUUCCGUGUCUGGAGCGUGACAUGUAUCUUCCAAGCAGAAGGCCGGUGAUAAUAUAAGAAAAUCCCAAUUGGAUUGUGUAAAUUAUUACAUGUGCUGUAGCUAUAGAUCUGAACCUGUUUGAAUGCCUAGUGCUUGAAGCCAAAAAUGUAUCUGACCUGGGGAGAUGCAUGUCAUGCCCAGCACCGUCCAAAUAUUGCAAAAUAUGUUGCAGUGUGAGCAAGUUGUUUGUGUGAAUGUGUUUCUCAUACAUCGGUUACCCAGCUGUACUGGAUGGGAUCGAUGGCCUAAAAAGCAACCUGUGUGUUUCAUUGAGACACGUACAGUGUUUUCAUAGGAAUACCUGUAGCUUCCCUGUAGAUUAGCACGUGGUUGUCAUGACCUGUCCUCUAAAGGACAUCAGGAGUUCUGAGGAUUUUCCUUUGGGCAUGCGGUCAGAAAGGCACAUUUUGUCAUAUUCCGAAACACACGCAUAAUGCGCACACACCUACGCAUUCACUAAUACGCACAUGCACUAAAGGCCUAAAAUGAGGUAUCUAUGUCCCAUUACCACUUAGUGUUUGUCAAAGGUAACGAUCCCAACUCCAGACUUGCUCAUCAGGUAAUGUGACCACCUGCUGACCUUACAUCAACAUCCAUAUCUAUUUAGGAUAUCUGAGAAGGGUUUCUUACUGACCUCUGGUGUUAGUGCUUCAUACAUUCCGUUUCUACAUACCAUGAUUUGAAUCACUUUUAGAUACUACGGGGGGAUUUUUCUUUUGGAACGUGUAAGAAUCUAUUUGACAUAUUUAUUGUUCUGUGUAAUUUUACCCACAAAUGUUAUAUUUUUAUUACGUAUUUGUUUUAUUGUGUAAUUUCAGUAUGCCUGCGUUACUUCAGACGAGAUGUGUGCCCCUGUGCCAACCCAUAUGUCCUACCUUACACCAUAUCCUGUUCCCUCCACCGUUCUGGUCGCAGGUCAGAUUACAGAGCACUGGUUAGAGGUCAGUCAAGCCAUAUCUAGGCUUUGAAUGGAGCUUCUGGUAUUUCUGGCACAGAGGGGUAUGUCUUGUCCUUAAAAAAAAAUGCCAUAACUAUCAAAUAUUUUAUAAUGAUGGCUGUAGUUCCUAAGUUCAGUAGCUUUAGUUCAGAUGGACUUCAUUCCAGAUCCUUAGUGGUUGGAGAUACUGUAACAUCUACAUGCUGGCUGUACAUGAUACUGAGCAUAUGCAACCUGGUGUCCCCUCCAUGCCAAAUGUGAUUUUCCAUCCUUUCAUAUGGGUGAAAUGUAUAUAUUUUUCUUGAUUUCAAGGGUGUGGAGUGCCCAGAGGGUUGUGUACACCAGAUGGAGAUAUUACAGAGGACUCUAUGUAACGUUUCCUUUUGAAACACUAAAGCUAUCAGGGGGCUGAGUAUGGGCUGUGCUCAGACUAGCGUGGAGAUACCACUGGACUCUGACCUGCCUGGGCUGCGUGCUAGGUCGGGGUAGGAGUAGGACUUACUAUAUGAGGGGGGGGGGUGCAUUACAGAUGCUGUUUUCAAAAGCUUACAAAAUGUAUUGGUUUCUCGUGUUUUGCCUGACCAAAAAAAAAAAAAAGUGAUUGUAUUUUUAAUGCAACCCUUUUUCCAGCCAUUUUUGUAAGAAUAACCGAAACGUCCCAAAAAAAAAAGCACGAGCGGCUGGAUGAAUGUGGAGAAUGGCCCUGUCCCACGGGUGACCGCUGGGGUGGGGUGCCGUGGGGUGACGGGCACAAAAUGGGCACCUCACCCUGGCCCCAGGACCACCACACGUCUGGCCCCAGGACCACCCCACAUCUGGCCCCUCGGGCUCCAGCCUCGGCACUCUGAACCUCCGACCUGAAUGUAGCACUUUAAGACCAGUUUGUUCAACACAGUUUUCUGUAAUAAAUCACAAUAUUAUGAA